UCAGAGGAUCCAGAAAGCAAUAUUUGAAGACAAGAAAUUGGAAUUUGACCUGAUUUUCGGGGUGGAACAGUCUUGCUACACAGUCGAGUGCAUUUACGCCCUUGGAGAGUUCGAUUAGGACUAUUUGGCAGCUUUUUAGCCGUCAGUAUGACAGAAGAGAAGUCAUUGACAGAUAAUCCCCGCAGUCCUGCAGGCAGCGACAGCCCUAUGUCCCAGCAUAGAUCAGAUUCAGAGUCCCCAACCUCUCCAGCUGGGUCAGAGGCACCAGAGCCAGUGCGCAAAAUGACGCACGAACCCGAGAGCAGCAUAAAGGUUGAUCGCUUUCCCGCGUGCAUCCGGGACGCGGUGUCGCAGGUGCUGAAGGGAUACGACUGGUCUCUGCUGCCGGUACCGGCUGUGGGGGAGAGAGGACUCAAGAGCCAGCCCCACGUGAAGCGGCCGAUGAAUGCGUUCAUGGUUUGGGCUCAGGCAGCGAGGAGGAAGCUGGCGGACCAGUACCCUCACCUGCACAACGCGGAGCUCAGCAAGACGCUGGGCAAACUGUGGAGACUUCUCUCUGAGACAGAGAAGCGUCCCUUCGUGGAGGAGGCAGACAGGCUGAGGAUGCAGCACAAGAAAGACUAUCCGGACUACAAGUACCAGCCUCGGAGACGCAAGAGCACCAAACCGGGUCAGGGGGACGUUAGACCCGGAUUGGUCCUGCAGAAUCAGCAGGGCCUGUUUAAAUCAGAACCAGCAGACGUGCAUCAUCAUUACCAUACGGACAAAACAGGUCAGUCUCACGGACCUCCAACACCUCCUACUACCCCUAAAACUGACCUCCACAUGGGGAACAAACAUGAGUGUCAGCGGCCUGUAGACAGCACCUCCACCUCCUCCACCGGGGGCCGUCAGAACAUCGACUUCAGCAUCGUGGACAUCUCCGAGCUCAGCACCGACGUCAUCAGCACCAUCGAGGCCUUCGACGUCCACGAGUUCGACCAGUACCUCCCUCCCAACGGCUCCGCCCUCCUUUCCCCGACAGAUGGCACUGCGCACGGACACAACACCUUCCUCCCGCCCUGCAUCCACCCUCACAUCCCUGCCAGGACGCCAAAAACUGCAAUGGCACCAUCUUCUUUAAGUCGUGACACCCCUAGACAAUAUGAGGACACGAAACCUCACAUAAAAACCGAGCAGUUGAGUCCAGAUCACUACGGCAGCUCCUCAACUCCAUCUGAUAACACCACCCUUAGUUCAGGCUCGUCCUCCACCACCCACCUAUCUGACUACACUGACCUCCAGAGCUCCGGUUUCUACAGCAGCGCCUUCUCCGGAUACCCCGCCGCCGGUCUGUAUCAGUACCCGUACUUCCACUCCUCCCGCAGGCCUUACGCUACGCCUCUUAUCAACAGCCUGGCCUUGGCACCACCUCCACACAGUCCUCCGUCCGUCUGGGAGCAGCCGGCCUACACAGCACUCAGCAGGCCUUGAAGACGAGGAAACUCCCUGCAGAUAUGGACUACACCGUUAAAGUGGGACAGAACAGCAGCCUCCUUGGUUGACCUGUUUUAUAAUUUAAUUCCUGAGGUUUUGAAGUAGCGUGCUGACUGUUGUAUUGUGCAUUAAUAUAUAUAUACAGUGACAUUUGUUUAUUUUCAAGGGUUUUUUA